ACCUUCUCAGUGAGAUCACCUGCUCCAGCCCUCUCCUCCUUCUUUAUCUCGCCAGCAGCCAUGAGCGUCAGAAUCAGCAGCAGCAGCUUUUCCUCCGGUGGCAGCUAUGGUGGUGGCUUUGGUAGCAUGGGAGGUGGUGGUGUUAGAAAAAGCUUCUCCAGUCAGUCUGCCUAUGCUGCACCCGGAGGCGCCAGAAUGAGCUUCAGCAGCGGCAGUGUUCGCCGGUCCGGUGGUGGCGGCGGCGGCUUCAGUUCAGGCAGCAUUUCUGGAGGCUAUGGCCUUGGUGGAGGUGCUGGAAGUGGCUUCGGUGGAGGUGCUGGUUUCGGUGGCGGUUCUGGCUUUGGUGGCGGUUCUGGCUUUGGUGGCGGUGCUGGCUUCGGUGGUGGUGCUGGCUUCGGUGGCGGUGCUGGUUUCGGAGGAGGUGCCGGCUUCGGUGGAGGUGCUGGCUUUGGUGCAGGUGGAGGAGCAGGGUUCGUGCCUCCCCCAAUCAGUGCUGUCACUGUCAACCAAAGUCUGCUUCUUCCCCUUAACCUGGAGAUCGACCCCAUCAUCCAAGUCGUCCGCACACAAGAGAAAGAAGAAAUCAAGACGCUCAAUAACCGCUUUGCAUCCUUCAUCGACAAGGUACGUUUCCUAGAACAACAGAACAAGAUGCUGGAGACCAAGUGGAGUCUCCUUCAGGAACAGACCACGACACGCUCCAACAUCGAUGGCAUGUUCGAGGCCUACAUUGCCAACCUGCGCAGACAGCUUGACGGCCUUGGAAAUGAAAAGAUGAAGCUGGAGGGAGAGCUGAAAAACAUGCAGAACAUGGUGGAGGACUUCAAGACCAAAUAUGAGGAUGAAAUCAAUAAGCGUGCUGCUGCAGAGAAUGAAUUUGUUGUUCUCAAGAAGGAUGUCGAUGGGGCCUACAUGCAGAAGAUUGAACUUGAAGCUAAGGUUGACGCACUUCAGGAUGAGAUCAACUUCCUUAGGGCUGUCUAUGAGGCGGAGCUGCGUGAGCUGCAGGGACAAAUCAAGGACACAUCAGUCAUUGUGGAGAUGGACAACAGCCGCAACCUGGACAUGGACUCCAUCGUGGCUGAGGUCCGUGCUCAGUAUGAAGACAUCGCUAACCGCAGCCGCGCUGAGGCAGAGUCGUGGUACAAACAGAAGUUUGAGGAGAUGCAGACAUCAUCUGGCGUGUACGGUGAAGACCUUCGCAGCACCAAGGCUGAGAUUUCAGAUCUCAAUCGCAUGAUCACUCGACUUCAGAAUGAAAUUGAGACCAUCAAGGGACAGCGUGCAAACCUGGAGUUACAGAUCGCAGAGGCAGAAGAAAAGGGUGAGAUCGCAGUGAGAGAUGCUAAACUUCGCAUCAAAGAACUGGAAGAAGCUCUGCAGAGAGCCAAACAGGAGAUGGCCAGGCAAGUGCGUGAAUAUCAGGAACUCAUGAACGUCAAACUAGCCCUGGACAUUGAGAUCGCCACUUACAAGAAACUCCUGGAAGGAGAGGAGAGCAGGAUCGCAUCUGGUGGUGGAACUGCAACUGUUCACAUUCAGGAGGUUUCCAGCAGCGGCGGUGGCUCUGCUUUUGGAGGCGGAUUUGGCUACGGUGGUGGUGCUGGCAUGGGCGGUGGCGGUGGCGGUUUUGGCAUUGGAGGUGGUUCUGGUUUCGGCAUGGGAGGAGGUUCUGGUUUUGGAGGUGGUUCUGGUUUUGGAGGUGGUUCUGGUUUUGGCAUGGCAGGUGGCUCCAGCAUGAGCAUAGGCGGAGGUGGAUUUUCCAUGUCCCGUGCCUCAAAAGUAUCCAGCGGCCGCCGUUUCUAAGCACAUUCCUCCAGAUCCCUCUACGUCUACCUCUCAGAUCCAUCUAGACAAAUGCCUCCACUGAGAAUCUUCAUCCCAACCCCUCUACUUUCUCCAUCGAUCCCAUUUUUUUUCUUUAAUGGGUCUUUUAGUUAACUCAUGCUCUUUGUAUUCAUAGAACAUUUACUGAUCUGUAUCAAAUACGUUUACACAUACAUAAAAUGUAUCAGCAGAUGCUCUAUGUUUACAGAAAGGUGAGUUCUACUGUUGUCCCUGGAUUUUGCUGUUUUCCUUUAAGAACUACUUUCCCAGAGUUACUCAGACAAAAUAAUUUUUAGAAGAAUAAAGUACCAGAAGGAUGCUCACUUGAGUAGUUCCUGUGUUGGAAGAAGUACUUCUAAUGUUCCCAGUUGUUCUGCAUUAGUCAAACAUGCUAUAAAAUGGGCUUCUUUGGCCUGGACUCAUGUAAUUCUUAAAGGUGAACUCAUGUAACCACACCCAUUUGAUUAACAACAUCAUUGCAAAACCUAAAUAAAUCUGGUUCCAUACAA